CAAAUCCUUACCGCAGUGCUCUUCAAGGUCAAACCGGAUGUUACUUCUUCGCAGCUGAACGAGUGGAAAAGUCUGGCCAAAGGGAUGGUUGGCAAGAUUCCAGGGCUCGUCAAGUUAGAAGCGGACACACCACUCCCGUCGACAGCACACAGGGCGAUGGGGUUCAGCAUGGCAUUGGUUGCGGUGAUAGAGAAAGCGGAUGAUCUGAAGUCGUAUGCGGAACACCCCGCGCACCUC